UCUAUUUCCAAUGUCCCUAGCUAAAAAUCGAUUGUUUCUAACGUCUUAUUUCAUCAAUAUAAAUACACACAAUCACUCAUUUUGAUCUUCACUUCAUACCAAUGAAAAACAACACAACAACGGUAAGAAACCUAAACCAUCAAGAACAAACACUAACCAACGACAAAACCACCAACAAUAUGCACCCUGAUUUGCACCACAUCACUGAGCUUUUCCGAAGGAAUUUUGGCUCUCAACGAAUCCAAAAUGAAGUCACAACACAAAGACUUCAAGGACAGUUGAAGGAGCUAGUUCGUGUUUCAGAUCUCGAUUUACCGAAUCAUCAACAAUUGCGUGCAAUUGUAAGGAGAAUAAGAAUGACAUAUGAUUCCGUUCGGCUUUUGGCUGUGGCAGAAGAAGAAAACGGGGUUGUUGUUCAUCCGGAGAGAAGCGAUCAAAGAGCUUCUGCUUUGAUGAGGAGGCACGGUUUGUGGUUGAAUCGUGAUAAGACGAUCAUCGGAACAAUUCCCGGUGUUUGCAUCGGGGAUGUGUUUUUUUAUAAAACGGAAUUGGCUGUUGUUGGUUUGCAUGGUCAACCAGAAGCUGACAUUGAUUAUAUACCUGGUAGUGUGAGUUCGAGUGGCGAACCGAUUGCUACUAGUGUGAUUGUUUCUGGUGGAUAUGAGAAUGAUGUUGAUCAAAGUAAUGUUAUUGUUUAUUCUGUUUAUGGCGGUGAGGAUAAGAAUUCGAGGCAAGUUUUUCAUCAGAAGUUAGAAGGUGGGAACCUUGCUAUGGAGAGAAGUAUGCAUUAUGGGAUUGAAGUUAGGGUUAUUCGUAGUGUCCAAUAUGAAGGUACUGCUUCUGUGUUUGAUAAGGUUUAUUUUUAUGAUGGUUUGUAUAAGAUAGUUAAAUCUUGGGUUGAUAGUAAAUCUGGUUUUAAUGUCUACAAUUUUAAGUUACAGAGAAUCGACGGUCAAGCUAAGAUGGAUUGUGUUGUUUUUAACCCUAGGUGUGUCUUAUCUCUAGAUAUUUCCAAAAAGAAAGAGAAUGUCGAUAUUAGGCUAGUUAAUAAUAUUGAUAGGAAUCAUGACCCGAUCUAUUUUGAGUAUCUUCCGAGGGCUAUUUUUCCGCAUUUUGUGUUACAACAGAGCGGGGGGGAAACAGGUUGUGAAUGUAUAAACAACUGUGUGGAUGGAUGCUUCUGUUUCAUAAAGAAUGGAAAUGAAUUUCCAUAUAGUCAAAAUGGGAUUCUAUUGAAAGGGAGGCCGUUCAUUUUUGAAUGUGGUCCACUUUGUCGCUGUCCUCCACAUUGUCGUAACCGUGUUACACAAAAAGGUCUGAAACACAGGUUGGAAGUGUUUAGAUCUAGGAACUCUGGUUGGGGAGUUAGGUCUUUGGACCUUAUUCAAGCAGGUACUUUCAUAUGUGAGUACACCGGGAUUGUCUUGACUAGGGAGCAACAACAAAUUGUUACCAUGAAUGGUGAUUCAUUGAUAUAUCCAAGUCAAUUUGCAGAAAAUUGGGCGGAAUGGGGUAAUUUAUCCCUAAUAGACACUAGUUAUAAAUGUCCAUCCUAUCCAUCAAUUCCUCCGUUAGAGUUUGCUAUGGAUGUGUCAAGAAUGAGGAAUGUUGCAUGCUAUAUAAGUCAUAAUUCAACUCCUAAUGUGAUGGUUCAAUUUGUUCAUUUUGAGCAUAAUAAUGUGAUGUUCCCUCACACUAUGCUAUUUGCAAUAGAGAACAUCCCUCCAUUGAGAGAACUUACCCUUGAUUAUGGGGUAGCUGAUGGUGACUUGAGUGGCUAACUAGCCAUAUGUAACAAAAUAUUUUGAAAGCUUCACAAACUAUACAUUAUGUUGAAGCUGAGUUUUAGGGAAAGUUUAUAGGGGUAGAGUCAACUCCUUU